CACCGGUGCGGUUUCGGAACGUUCACAAAAAUGAGUGAAAAAAAUAAAGAACAAGCAUUAAUAUGCGUUCCUGGACAAGUGUUGUGCGCCGCAUCGGAGUUCGUAGUGGCCAGCGAGGGUACCUACGAAAAGCUCGGCUACGUGCACGCCACACUGGCCGGCAUUGUGCGGAUGAAGAAACGUGAAAAAAAUACCUACAUCUCGGUGGUUUCGUUUGGUGGUGGUGCCACGGUACCUGUUAUAGGCGACAUCGUAACGGCAAGGAUUACCGGAGUGCAGCAUCGUCUAGCCAAAUGUCGCAUCUUGUGCAUUGGUAAAACGGCCCUCAAUCGAGGCUUCCGAGGGAUCAUUCGUAAAGAAGACGUUCGUGCGACGGAGGUUGAUCGGGUGGAAAUGCACAAAUGUUUCCGUCCGGGAGAUAUCAUCCUAGCGCGUGUACUCCAUCAAAUUGAGCUGAAUGUUUUUCAUCUUUCCACGGCUGAUAACGAGCUUGGGGUUGUGGUGGCCAUUUCGCCUAGUUCGCGAGCCAACUCGGGUGCCGAAACGAUACCAAUGGUGCCGGUCUGCUGGACGGAAGUUCAGUGUCCCGUAACGCUGAUCAAAGAACCGAGGAAAGUGGCUAAAGUUGUACCGGAAAAGGGUCAAUCGUUGAGUAAAACUCUUGCUUUGUUUUGAAUAAAAAAAAAGAUAAAUUUUGAAACUCUA